AGCCUCCUUCUAUAGGCCUUGAGUAGGACCUAUAUACUAAACGAACACUAGUAUCACAGAAAGCCGUUGCUAGUGGUACACACCAUACACGACCUAGCGUUAGCAAGAGCUGCAUCACGGAGUGUCUGAGCUUCACAAAAACUAAUAUCCACACAGGUGCAGGUGUCCCGGGGAGUGUCCUGGGGUAAAGAGGGAUCCGCAAUGCUGAACCCUACCAAUGGCGACCCAAGCCAUGUUGUUGUGAAUUAUGUUGAGGAGUAUUUGGACCUGGUGGAGUCACUACCAUUUGACUUGCAGAGGAGUGUGUCCCUCAUGAAGGAAAUUGAUGCCAGGUAUCAAGAUGUUCUGCAGGAGCUUGAUGAUGCUUAUGAACGGUAUCGCCGGGAAUCUGACUCUCUUCAGAGGCGAAAGCUACAGUUAUCCAUUCAGAGAGCGCUGAUUCGCAGUCAAGAGCUCGGAGAUGAGAAGAUCCAGAUUGCCGGUCAAAUGGUGGAGUUGGUUGAGAACCGAACACGACAAAUAGACUGGCAUUCUGAACUUCUCCUUUCCUCUCAAGAAGUCCCAGAGAGUCAUGUUCCCACAGCAACAUCCACGACAACCACUGCAGCAUCCUUGAUGUCGUCAUCAUCAUCAUCAUCAGCCACAGUUACUCCAGGCAAAACUGCCCACCACGACAAGAAGCGUGAUGAGGUUACCCCAGGCUCAGGUGGUGGAGACAAGGCUGGAGGGAAACGCUCAAGACGUCAGAAAAAUGGAGAAAAUCGGGAAAGUUACGUUGGUCUGGAUCACUCAGAGGAAGCAGGAGUGGGGGCAUCUCGGGAAAAGCGGGCCAAAACAUCUUCUAAAAAGAAGAAAAGGUCAAAAGGAAAGUCUGAAAGAGAAGUGUCACCCCCAGACCUGCCCAUCGAUCCAGAUGAGCCAACAUAUUGCCUGUGUGAGCAGGUGUCCUACGGCGAGAUGAUUGGCUGUGAUAACGAUGAAUGUCCUAUUGAGUGGUUUCAUUUCUCCUGUGUCGGGCUCCAUCAUAAGCCCAAGGGCAAGUGGUACUGCCCUAAGUGUAGGGGUGAGAAUGAGAAGACCAUGGACAAGGCCUUAGAGAGGGCCAAGAAGGAGAGGGCAUACAACAGGUAGCUCGCUCCGUCUGGCCCAACGAACAUUAUGGCGUAAAAAAAAUAUUUUAUGUCUCUGUCUUUGUUUCCAUUUACUGUCAACACUGUUUUAAAAAAAAAAAUGAUAAGAGGGAUGUUGUAAAAAGUUAUUUUUGUAACGGCUGCCUGACUGAGAAACAAUAUUGCUGCCUCUUGGUUGGGAUUAUUAGUAAAAAAUGGACACAGUACAGUAUAACCUGCAUGAAACUUACAUCCCUCUAUGUUUUCAUCAUGCAUGCAACAUCAUCCACUCCGUUAUAUAUGCUCAAUUAAUUAACAAAUAAAACGUUUCUAAACAAAGAAGAA